AUUUUACUGAUUAUUAUGUUCUUCCACUUUUUAUUUAUCCGAGCGAAGCUUUCACACGUUUCCAUUCGUUUGUAAACCAUCAAAAACGGUCAUUAGUAAAUUCCUACCUUUCCUCACACUUUUGAUCAUAACAAUGUCUGAACGUCACACAAAAGUUAUAAAUAAUACAGUUUCCACUAGGUUUUUUUGGUCUAAAGUCGGUUAUGACCUGUUGCCUCGUUCCGUUGACAACAGCGCCCACGUCAUCGUCUAAUAAUAGUCCCUGAGUGCCAUAAAACUACAUUACCCACAAUCCCCCUCGCGUCGAUUCCAUUGGUGGCGGCACAGGUGACCGGAGACGCGCCGAGCCGUGACAACAACUCGACGGCCCAAAACACAUUUCACGCGACGUGUGGAAGUAUCGAGAAGAAUAAUCUUUUACUAACCAACCUCAGCACUUUGUGUGUAGUUUGUGUGCCUGAGGAGUGCACGAGGGACGUGUUGGCGCGCUCUUUCCCCCUGACUGACUGCCUUCCUUCUGACCUUCACAGCUGCGUCCAGACAUGUAGUCAGCAGCAGAGGCACAGCAAAUUCCUCUUUGAAAACUACAUUGUUCCUCUUAAACAAGCUUACACUACCUCUCGGACUGGACUGCGGUGCACUGACUUCGUCUCGCCCUCCCCUGCCCCCUCGCCCCCCAGCAAUGGCCUCACGCAUUGGUCUGCGGAUGCAGCUGAUGCGAGACCAGCUGCAGCAGGAGGAGCAGCGCGAGCGGCAACAGCAGCAACAUGCAGCCUUACAAUACAUGCAGCAUCGCAUGGCUGCACCAGCUGCCCCCAGUGCGGCCAUUAGUACCCCCCAGAACUACCAAAGCAUGCAGGUCCCAGUGGAGAUCCUUAAGGUACAGACCCACCUUGAGAAUCCCACUGACUACCACAUCCGUCAGUCUCGGCGGCAGCAGGUGAAAGAGUACCUCUCUACCACCUUUGCUACCAAACAGAUGGUUCACGCCGUAGCCGGCCCCAUGCCGCCCUCUCCUCCUGCAGCCAUGGGGCCCACGGGGGUCUCUGCCUCCCUGCCCCCUCCCCUCCAGUCUCCACACAGGCGACCGGAGCAGCUCAUGAGCGGCAACAGCGCCCCCAACAGCCCCAUGGCCAUGCUCAACAUUGGCUCAAGCCACGAGAAAGAGAUGGAGGAGGUCAUUGAUGACAUCAUCAACAUGCAGUCCAGUUACGAUGAUAUCCAGGCCUACAUAGACCCCAUACAGAUGCCCAACACGCUCCCCCUGUCCAGCAGCCACCUGGAUGUGUACACCGGUCCUGGGAUGAAGGGGCCGGCCAUUGCAAUGACCAGCAACUCCUGUCCGGCCAACUUGACCAUCAAACGGGAGCUUACAGAAGUGCGUGCCAUGGCCAAGGAGAGACAAAAGAAAGACAACCACAAUCUAAUUGAAAGAAGACGGAGGUUCAACAUCAACGAUCGUAUUAAAGAACUCGGCACAAUGAUUCCCAAAACCAAUGACCUAGAUGUGCGCUGGAACAAAGGCACCAUCCUGAGAGCGUCUGUGGAUUACAUCAAACGCAUGCAGAAGGAUGCACAUAGGUCCAGAGAGGUGGAAAACAACUUUAAAAGGAUGGAAAUGGCCAACAAGCAAUUGAUGCUUCGCAUUCAGGAGUUGGAGAUGCAAGCUCACAUGCAUGGCCUUCCCAGCCCCUCCCCAUCGGGCAUCAACCCAGGUGACAUAAUGGCCUCGUACAUAAAACAGGAGACCAGCCCAGAAGAGAACCUGUCCCACUCCCAGACCCAAGCUCCACACCAGCACAUGUCCCAGAACCAAGGCCCGGCCCACCCCCAGCAGCACCACUUCCUCCCGCAGUCCCACCUCCACCAACAGGCUCCGCCUCCGCCGCCCAGGCAGAUGGGCAUGCUCCCCCAGCACCUCCAGGCCCAAGCCCCCAUCCAGUACCCGGCAGUAGGCAGCUCCCAGCCCUUUGACUUUGCCCAGUCGCUGGACUUGUGCGACGGCAUGCAGGUCUUCUCGGACGGCAUGUCGGGGCUGGGGGACCUGGGAGGACUGGACUUGCAGGGCCGCAGGGGAGACAUGGGCUUCCUGAUGAUGGACGAGCCCUUGUCCCCCAUGGGCGGGGACCCUCUGCUCUCCACCAUGUCCCCGGAGGCCUCUGUCGACUCCAGUCGCAGAUCUAGCUUCAGCAUAGAGGAUGGAGACAUACUGUAAACGCACACACACACACACUCACACACACACACACACACACGCACACACUCCCUUAAAGAGGAACUGCACUUUUUUUUGGAAUAUUGCCUAUCAUUCACGAUCCUUUAGUAAGACAAGAACGCAUACGUUUUUCUUUUUUAAAUGCAUUCUAAAUAGUAAAUAAACUGUAGCAAAAGUCAGCAGACAGUGGAGAAAAUGGUAGUCGCUCUAGUCUGCCGAUAAAGCGUUAAACACAUCCAAACACCUCCAUUAAGGUUUUAUUUACAUGAUGUAUGGUAUAUACAUGUAAUGUAGUAACAUUCAUAAUAACAUUUAAUAUUUACUUAUUUUGAUCAUUUUAAGCAUGCGGCGUAUUAAGCACGACGUUCGCGUGUUCCUUCUACAACAUCACUGAUUAUUACUCGCUGCAGACUUCAUGGGAGCAAAUAAACAUUAAAAAAUAUCACUUACUGUACUAUGUCUGCUCUCGCUGGGAUGUCGACUGCUAGAAUGUUAAUUUAUUCCCAUUUAGAUGAAGAUUUCAUCUAAUCUUCGUGAAGAAAAAAAGGGCAGUUCCAAGCCUCUUUUCGUGAUGUUUCCGGGUCUAAAUUGGAUACCAAAGUGUACCAACUUGUCAGAUUAUAUGUUCAUGCUUCUACUAUCCCGGUGAGAGGCAUGAUUUAUGAUCUCGAAAAGUGGUUCUUAAACUUUUUUUUUUUUUUUUUUUUUACCAAGUACCACCUCAGAAAACACUGGCUCUUCAAGUACCACCAUCAUGACCAACAUUAAAAUACAGUAGCGUAGUAGGCCUAAGUAGUCAUUAAAAAACAAGGCAGAGGUUUUAUUUAACAAGUAUAUUUGUAACACUGUGUUUGAAUAUAGAAAAAUUAAACACUGUAGUUUUAUUCGAGUGAUUCUUUGGCGUACCACUAGAUGGAGCAUGUGUACCAAGGGUCGUGCACUAGCAGCACAGGCUAGUUAGCUCUCUGCGAUCAGAUUGCCGCCAAAAAUUGUCCGUCUGCGUUAGUGCUUAUAAUAACAAUAUCACUAGUACUUGUUAAUAUUCAGACCACAAAAUGUAAAUUGAGUAUUGUUGGCGCUUUUUAGAUGUUUUUUAACGGGUUUAAUGAGUGGAAUAGAGCAAGGGUUCUUAACCUUUUUGACCUUGGGGCCCAACUUUUACACUACAGAGGGGCCCGGGGCCAACUCAAAUAUUAACACUGAAUUAGUCAUCUUACUCUUGAUUUUAAUCGUAAUCAAUAAUAUCUAACCUACUUGCAGUUUACAACCUUGUCACAUGAUAUGAAAGCAUGUGAUUAUUAUUAAUAACAUAAAACUUAGACUUGGGCUAUUUAGAAAAAUAAGUACUUAGCAAAUUCAUACAAAGUGACUCAUUAAUAUCUGAUGAAAAAUAAUUAAAAAUUAAUAAUUAAUAUAUUAACUCAUAUACAAAAAUACAGCUUCACCACUUUAGUCAUAAUUUUAGCGCUUAAGAAAAUGUUCAAAGACCAAAAAAAGUCUGAUUAUUUUUUUAUAUGGAUUUUUGAUUUUAUUUUAUUUUUUUAAUUGAUGAACAAUCGUUCCAAAUAAGAAUUGCGAUUAAUUCUGAAAUAAACAUUUUUUUACACCCCUAUCAAAUACAAUGCAAUAGAAGGCACUCAUGAAAAAACUGAUGAACACACAAUUACGAUGUGCUAAAAAGAAUAAAUUCCAAUUAAAUUAAUAAUAAUAAUAAUAAUAUAUAUAUGUUUAACUCAACUGUAAAUAAAAUAUAAGUGCAAAUGAAAAUACAGAUUCACCACUUUGGUCAUAAUUUUUGCACUUAAGAAACUUUUCAAUGACAUGAACAUUUUUUUUGGUUUUAUUGAUUUUUGAUUUGUUUUUUAAUCAAUAAAGAAUCGUUUCAAGUGAGAAUUAAGAUUCAUUCUAAAAUCUAUUUUUUCACCCCGCCUCUAUCAAAUACACUGCAAAAGAAGGGACUCAUGAAAAAAAAAGAUGAACACAAUUACAAAGUGCUAAAAUUAAUACAUUCUAAUAAAAUUAAUAAUAAAUCAUAAUAAUAACAAUAUAUACGUUUAACUAAACUGUAAAUUUAAGUGCAAAUGAAAAUACAGCUUCACAUCUUUGGUCAUAAUUUUUGCGCUUAAGAAACUUUUCAGUGACCAAAAAAAAUGUCAGAUUUUUUUAAUAUAAUUUUUUAUUGUAUUUUUUUGGAGGGGAAUUGUUGAAGAAUUGUUCCAAAUAAGAAUUGCGAUUAAUUCUAAAAUUGAUUUUUUUUUUACAUCCUUAUCAAAUACACUGCAAAAGAAGGGACUCAUGAAAAACUGAUCAACACACAAUUGCAAAGAGCUAAAAUGGAUAAAUUCCAAUUCAAUUAAUAAUAAAUAAUAAUAAUAUAUAUGUUUAACUAAACUGUUAAUAAAUUAAAGUGCAAAUAAAAAUACAGAUUCACCACUUUGGUCAACAUUUUUGUGCUGAAGAAACUUUUCCAUGACUUUAGCUCCAGACUUCUUCUGUUUGUUUGAUAUUGUCAUUACUGCCACAAGUGGUGGACAAGUGUAUUACAACUGAAUACCACUGCGGCCCACAGCUGAAAAACUGAUAUUUUGUAUUAUAUAGUUAAGAAACACUGUAAUAGAGUCCCUUCCUAUGACUCCACUGUGAGCGACUUUUAUUGACGUUUAUUUCCGAGUUAGAAUGCAUUUAAAAAAAUUAUAUAUAUAAAUCCUUUUUGUCUCUCAUAAUGAUUGUGAACGAGAGGAAUAUCCCCCAAAAAACACACAACUUUGGAAAAGUUCCACGACGACAUGGUCACCAAGAACCCAACACACUCUGUAGUUGUCCACCUGGAUACCACGCCAUCCGAGGACUGGACCUUGUCAAACCCGCAAAGGUCGGAAGCCCAAAUAAGGAAUCACGAACGACCCGGAAUCAAGCCGACGUCGCUUCGAUCGAGUGUAAAGCCGCGCUGCUCCGCCUCCUUCUUUGUGUUUGUCGUUGCAGUCCGUUGCCACUGGGGGCGCCGUCCGCCAAGCUUUGAGCAUGCUGUAGGGGGCGUCACCGGAGCUUUUCUAACCCUCCACUCACGCAUGUCGUUUUGACCGCCUUUUAAAGCCACGGCCAUCAUACUCAGGUACCUUAACACGAGUCACAAGCAGGGUCGUUUUUGCAUAAGUGCCACUUGAUGGCAACACUUUAUAUACUUUUAAUACUGUGGAAGACACACACACACACAGCAACCGGUGUACACUUCAUCUUACACGCCGCACCGUGUUCACUUAGCUCGUUUUCAAAUCACUGUGUUCUUCACGCGGAGUGACGUCACACGCCCUCCUCCAAAGGGCGUCUCAUUGGCCGCCUGCAUCUGGUCGUCAUGGCGAUGGAAGGAUAAUUGAUCGUUAGCGAUAGGGAAACUAAUUGAUUCCUUAUAAGUAGGGAUGGGCAUGACUUCAUCUCCUUGAUUGACCGUGUGAGGAAUCCGUGAUCGAUUAUUCGAUUAAUUUAUAUAUGUGGGUCUUUUUUUUUUUAUGUCUCUGAAUGUUCUGCACUCCUUUUUCCAUGCUAGCAUUGAGAUAAAAAAAAUUGAUUUUAGGAAGAAAAAAGACAAAACUAGUGGAAUUCCCGAGCAUUACCGAGUCAUUUGACUUAAUACGACAUCCAAAAUAAAAUUACAUUUGUAUAUCUAGAAACUACCACGACUUUUAAGCUGAAAACAAGUAUUUUAUUCUGAAAACCAGCAUUAUUCAACUUGCAAUUCUCAAAUGAAGCGUCCUCGGGAUGUUGUGGAAUCUUUUAAUCUACCUUAUUUGAAAAGUUCUUGUCUCAAUUUUAAAAAAUGUUAAACUACAAGAUUAGUCGAUGACUUAAAAAUAAAUAAAACGCUCUUAAAAAGUAGGGAAACUUUUAGAAAUUACAAUUAGAAACUAAAUUAACAGUGCCUCUGCUGGUGAAAGGCAAGUACUGCACUCCAUUUUUCGCCCUCAAGAGCGAUGUCACAUAUCAACUUAUUGAUGACCUAAACCGGCAGUUCUCACACUUUUUUUUUCUUUUCACCACCCGGAAAAACACUUGGCCCUCCAAGCACCGCCAUCAUGACCACAGUAGCGCAGUAGGCCUAAGUAUUCAUAAAAACAAGGCGGCGGUUUUGUUUAACGAGUACAUUUAAAAUUUUUGGGCCACUGUAACAUCACGCACAGUUUGAACAGUAACACUGUGUAUAAAUACAGGAAGAUAAAACACUGUACUUUUGCUCAGGUGAUUCGUUGGCACAAUUUGAGAAUCACUGAUUUAAAUGAUGCCUAUCCCUAAUUAUAAGAUAGGUUAUUGUAAUAUUUUUGAUUUGUGUUUAUUUAAUCUCCCAAAGCACUGGAAACUAUAUUAUUCUUUAGACUAUUGUUAUUAUGUUGUUGUUUUGUGCCACAAAGCUGCCUGAAAGUAUUUUCUUUGUAUUUGUUGUUUUACUUUCUUUAUUCCCACCCCCUUGGGCAACAGCAAAGAAACGUCUGUGAAUUUAAGACUCAAUGAGGAUUGUGUACAUUUGUAAUGUUUUUUUUUUUUUUUUUACACGAUCUGGCUUUUAUUGCAAAUAUUAAGAGAUGAUUGAAGUCAACUUUCUUGUCAUGAAUGUAAAGUUUACCAGAGUAAAGUCAGUUUUGCUGUGCCUUGCCCGCUUUCUAGCUGUGGUCUCCAUGGCAACGGGAAGGAGCUGACGUAACCAACCGCUUGCCAACACUCCAAAGAACAGCCUCUACUCCUCCACUAGGGGGCGCUCUGUAGAGCGACCUGCACACGGAAAUGUCCUGAUUUUGAUGAAGUUAUAAAAUGUUUCA